CAAUGGACAAAAAAGAACUUCCAGAAAAUCUUUCGUACCAAAAACAAAACCCGCCGAUAUUGCAGCGAUAUUAAGAAACCAAAACCUUCUCUCUCCAUGCUUUGUAUUGAAAUUUCAAAUUUUUAUUUUUAUUUUUCAUUUAGUUUCUUAUUUUCAUUUUUUAUUUUGGUUUUUUAAAUAAUCAUCAAGAAUGUAAUUGGAGGUAGGGGCGAAAGGCACAAAUUGAAAGAGUUGGUUUGGUUGGUUUUGGGGAUUUCUGACGCUCCCGAUUCUCUCGCUUGCUUCUAUGACCGAUUUUGGUGCUCACCCGGUCGUGUAAUGUAAAGCUAUAUGUAAGCUCACACACACCCUACACCUUCUCUCUAUGUCUUUGUGCCUCUUGAAUCACAAAAGCUGUGUCGUCCCAAAAUUUCAGAACGUUUGGAUUAUGCUGUUUCAAUUCUUUUCUUGAUUUCUCCAUCUGGGCCUUCGCAUAGUUGGCACCUUCAAAGAAAGGAAGUUUUCAAGAUUAAAGUUUGUGGUAUAAGGAGGCAGGAUGGGAAGGGUAAAGCUAAAGAUAAAGAGGUUGGAAAAUACAAAUGGGCGUCAAGCUACCUAUGCCAAAAGGAAGCAUGGCAUCAUGAAAAAGGCUAACGAGUUAUCUAUUCUGUGUGAUAUUGAUAUUAUCCUUCUCAUGUUUUCACCCACUGGCAAGCCUUCUUUAUGCAGCGGAAAACGCAGUAGCAUUGAAGAGGUUAUUGCAAAGUUUGCUCAGCUCACUCCACAAGAAAGGGCAAAAAGGAAAUUGGAAAGUCUCGAAGCACUGAAAAAAACCUUUAAGAAGUUGGAUCAUGAUGUAAAUAUUGAUGCAUUUUUGGGUAUCAGUUCUCAAUCAGAGGACUUGUCUAAUCAAUCUGGUUUAUUACGAGCUCAGCUUUCGAAUAUACAUAAAAGACUCAGCUGUUGGACUAACCUUGAUGAGAUCAAUAAUGUAGAAGAGUUGGUGUUAAUGGAAAAUUCACUAAGGCAAUCACUUGACCAAAUUCGAAGACACAAGGAAAGUUUACAAAAGCAGCAACUUAUGCCAUUGGAAUGCACUGGCCAGUUUCAAAAUGGGUUGCAUAUACCUUUCAAAAUGGGUGCUGAGCAGCAGCUCCAGCCUCUGUCAUGGAUACCUAAUAGUGACAAUCAACAUAUGGUUUUACCUGAGGAAGCAAGCUUGCUUCCCCCUAGGGAUGUGGAGUGCUCUGCAAGUUCCUCAUUUGGGAGUUAUUCUGGCUACUUUGGCACCAGUAAAAAUUCUGAGAUUUCUAAUUCUGGACAAGAAAAUGGAAUACCUGCACCAAUGAGGCUACAACUUGGUGGUCAAUUUUCUUAUCUGCCAUACAAUCUUAAUGUGCUCAGUGAUGCGAGAUUUCAACCUUCAGCAGAGAUGAAUCAACAAGAAAAUACUGUCGAUUAUCAUGUCAAUGGAAACUAUGAAGUUCCUAGACAUGGAUACGAGACUGCCCAGCAUAGUUGGGCUUCUACAUCUGGGCCUUGUGCUGUUUCUAUGUUUGACGACCAUUUAUAUCCCCAGCAACCAAACUGAGCCACAGGCCUUCUUCUAAAUCAUCCAUUGGAGUUGCUGGAGAAAUUUGAUUAUUUGUUUGGCUGGCCCUUUAUUUCUUUGGAGUGGUCAUAUUUGUCGUGUCAAUAUAAAAUUCAUUAAUGAGUGGUGUAUAGUACAACAUAACUGCCCUGAUACAAUCCCGACCAGAGUGGUGCUGACUCCGUUGAAUGAGGCACCAGUCUUGGAUGUUAAAUUUAGUGUCAAUUACAUAUAAAAUAUAGGUUCUGCUGAGACUUUUUGCUCCUUUACUCAAAUUCUGGGUGUCCAGGUUGGUUGUGGCAAUCUAUCAAAGCUGCCUGCCCUUGCCCCUUCACAGUGACCUGAGCUGUAAAUAAUAAAAGUACAUAUAAAAAUAUAGUAAUACAAGAUUCCUUAUAUGUAUGAAAA